AUGGCAGAAGGCCAACAACCACCCCAGCAGCCACAGCCGGCCUCGGCUCCUCAACAGCCCCAGAAAGUGUGCGACAUCGUUCGUGGAUUUCGUCCGGUCAAGUCCUUUAAAACCGCCAAGCAAGACUCCUCCCACUUCGUGACCUCCUUGGAUUUCGACGACCAAGGCGACUACGUGGUUGCGGCCGGCGACGACGAAACCAUCCAGAUCUUCGAUGUCAAGGAGGGCAAGUCUACCAAGUCGGUUCCCAGCAAGAAGUACGGGGUUCAUCUGGCGAGAUUCACACACCACUCUCGCCAAAUCCUUCACGCGAGCACUAAAGUGGACCGUAUGUCUAUGAAGACCCAGCGCAAGAGUCCCCAAGCUGACUCCCUGCCCACAGAUUCUCUCCGGUUGCUCGAUUUGCACAAUGAAGGCUACGUGCGUUACUUCUCAGGCCACACGGAUAAAGUAACCUGUCUUGCGCUGUCUCCGGGUAGCGACACGUUCAUCUCCUGCUCCAAGGACGACACCGUCGCGCUCUGGGACCUAGGCUCUAGGAACCCCCAGGGCAGGCUGAAGCUCGCCACGCCUUACUUGGUUGCCUUCGACCCCUCGGCUACUGUCCUCGCCAUCGCCUCGCAGUCGACCUCAUCCGUUCUCCUUUAUGACCUCCGCAAUUACGACAAACCUCCCUUCUCCACCUUCGAUCUUGCGCCUUACGAGGAGACAUACACACCGUCGACGCGUGGACGCGCUUGGACGCGCCUGGAGUUCUCCAAUGAUGGGAAGCACUUGAUUGUCGGCACCGACUACCAUGGACAUUUUGUAUUAGAUGCCUUCGAAGGUACCGUCAAGGCAUUCCUAGUCGGGAAGAACGGAUCCUCUGGACGAGCGGCUCCAGUCUCUACCACCGGGAAACCUCUUGGACAAGGCGACGUGUGUUUCAGCCCGGACGGACGAUAUGUCUUUGGUGGUGCUGGCGACCAGCCUGACAUGCUGGUGUGGGACUUGCAGCAGGACAAGGAGGCGAAUCUCACCCUACAGCCCAUGGCCAGGCUGCCACACCGAAGUCGGACGGCCAUGGUUGAAUACAACCCACGCUAUAACAUGAUCGCCAGUGCCGACAAAGACAUCGUGUUCUGGCUUCCGGACGAAACACCGAAAUCAUCGGAUAAGUAA